GUUUCGCAAUGGGUGUCUACACUGUGUCGGGCUGGUUGAUUGCGCUGAUAGUUGUAACGGUGGACUGCGGUGCAAGCCAGCCUCAGGUGGAGAAAUCAAAGGAUACUUUUUGUAUUUUGAAGGAACAAGCGUCCAGUAAGCAACCCCCCGGAGUUUGCAAUCCCCUAGAACCUUGCGAUGCUGCGCCGCUCCUACAGCAUUACGACGAUGUCCGAAAGGAAUGUCUCGCCAGUGCGUCGAAACGUAGCGCACAAAAUGCAGGGCUUCUCUUCCAGCUGAACUACUGGCACGGAGAGCUGCUGUUCUUUUUCGACCUGCUGAAGAAAUACACGAGCGAAAACGCAAGCCUCGUUGUCGACGCAGAACGUGAAGACAAAGUGAACGUACAGGUGGAGGUUGAAUUAGAGCGACAACACCUCGUGUAUAGCAUCGAGGCUGGCCGGCUGGAGGAUGCACUGCUUGCCCAUCUGAAGAUGCCAACACAGAUGACACCAAAAGAGAUCGUCACUGUGAUCGCCGGUAAUCCGAAGAUCGACGAGGCGGUGUUACUGAACUUCCUACACUUCGUUCGUGCCAUUCCGGAGGAGGCGCAGCGAUUGCAGUUCUACAAAGCAUUCAAACCGGUACUGUACAAGCACGACCUGCAAAAAAACUACAUGGCUCUUCUGUACAGUGUCGAGGUGUUCCCAUUGGUUUCUGUCACUAACGACUACAAAGAGUUCUACACGGACGUCGUAACUCCUCUUAUUGUAAAAUGGAAGGAACAGAUGUUCCAAAAUUGGUACCUCGAGAUCUUCUGGGCGGAAAAGCACUUUCCGGACUACUUUGACUUCGCGAUUGCCUCGUUUACUACUUUCUCGCGCAACGAAUGGACGAAGAGGCUAGAUCAGAAGGAGUUGUACGCGCAAGUCAAUUAUCUUGAUAGGUUAUCGAAUCGUGUCACAAUGUACGAGCGGAUUAUUGAUAACACUCUAAUCCACGGUAUUGGCAAAGACUCUAAAACCGAUCGUGAGGCGCAGAAUAUGUUGCGAAGUUUUGCAAAUCAGGUCGAUAGGUUGGAAACCGCCCUGGUGAAGAAUGGCAAAGAUCAACAGCUUAUGAUGCGCUUGAAAGCCAUUCAGGACUCCUUUGCUAGGUUGCAUAAGAGGCGAGGAAGGGGGCACUGGAACUAUAAGCUCUAUCUUCGCAAUUUCAAACUCGAAGGUAGAUAUAAAACAUGAAUCGGCUAGAUUUAAAGGCGAAUCAAACUAUACAAAGCAUCAAAUAAAUUUUACUCCAAAUAU